CCACUCUAGGCAUUUAACAAGAAACUCUUAAUUCGUCGCAGCAAGAUGAAAAGCAACUUGUUUAUCUUCUUAUACUUCUGUUGGUUACUUUUUUUCUUUGUUGGGGCAAUUGAACCUCCCAAACAUGAGAAACAAUGUAUAUACAAAAUUGGUAAAACAAAAGAAACAAGAGCAAGUCUUGGGUUAGAUGGUUAUGCAACGUAUCAAGGCGGAGUUGGAGUCUGGAAUAGCGGUGGAAGCGACACCGGUGGUAUCUUAAACUUUCCCAACAUUAUUAAAGGUGCAAAUGAUAACGGAAAUAUCAUACAGUUUCCGGGAGGUGGAGGUAAAAAGAAUGGUGGUGGUAGAAAUAGAAUUUUGGGACACAAGUCAAGUGUGGGUAAAGUCUCUAUGAAAAACUAAUGUAUAACAUAUCCUAUAUGGUGACAUAGUUUCUAAUGUUAUGUUGAUAUAAAUAAAAGCAAAUAAAGCAAGGAGCUUAUAGAUAGAAUAAUCAAUAAUGUAAAGAUUGGUUCAAAUGGCCACGAUAAAAUAUAAUUAUGUCAUUCAAAGGAAGCUGGUUAGUCAAAAAUUGAAAGAUAUUUUACAAUUGG